AUGGCCAUACUAGUACCCGCUUUUAGCACAAACCUGUCACAUGUAUGGGCAAUAUUGUCUUUUAUGACAGCAACCGCAGGGGUUGCUAUAGCAGAUGUGACUAUAGAUGCCUCUGUGACAGAGAACAGCAUAAGCCAUCCUUCUCUUGCUGGCGACAUGCAGAGUUUGUGUGGUUCUGGAGCUGCAAUUUAUUUAAUUGAAUAUGGGAAAGAGGUCCCUGCUGUGAAGCUUUCCAGGGUCUGUUGUGCAAAAGCAAGAACCAGUUCUGGAACUGCAGUUUAUUUAAUUGAAUAUGGGAAAGAGGUGUUAGCAGUGACUGUGAGAUAUAUUCAAAAGGAUGCAGAGAAGAAGAAAACAUCAUUCAACUCCAGACCGUAUUUCAAGUUAUUCAUUGAUUGGAUGCUUGACCUUAGUACCCUUGAUCCGGUUUUUGAAGGUGCAAACUUUCAGGUUCUGACAGCUCUAGCAACCUCCUUCCAUGCUUUGCUGCCUCUCAAAGUUCCUACAUUCAGGUUAUUCUCUUAGAAAGGAAAUUGUCAAAUGAGAAUUUAGUCAUGGGUUUCUUUA